AUGGCAGAUAUUGAAAAGAUCACGCCAGUCCUAUCUUCUACUGGGGUCCAGUUAGAUUCUGAUGCUGCAGAAUUAGCAAAUUUAGGAUACAAACAAGAAUUCAACAGAGGAUAUAAUUUCCUUUCUACAUUUUCUUUUGCGUUUUCAAUCUCAGGUCUUAUGGGUACCAUUUCCAUCACUUAUUUGUACCCAUUAUGGUCUGGAGGCCCAGCUUGUGCUGUUUGGUGCUGGUUUGUUGGUGCUCUUGGUUGUUUAUGUAUUGCAUGGUCAGUGGCACAUAUCACUUCCUGUUUCCCAACAUCAGGUGGAAUGUAUUAUACAUUAAGUCAAGUUGUUCCUAAAGAAUGGGUUGCAUUGUCGUGUUGGAUCGAUGGGUGGUUGUAUUUAACUGGUGUCAUAACUGGUGUAACAAGUACUGAUUUUGGUGCAGCAACUUUAUUGUUGGCUAUUAUUUCCAUGUAUAGUGACUAUGAAUAUGUUCCUGAAAAAGGCCAUGUUACUGCAGUUUCAAUUUUGAUUAUGAUAAGUCAUGGAUUGAUUAAUUCCUUACCCAACGAUAUAUUGGCUUCAAUUACUCAAUAUUACUGUAUCAUUAAUAUCGGAUCCACGAUUGCAUUAAUAAUUCAUUUAUUGGUUAAAUGUCCUAAGAUUAACACAGCAGAUUUCACAUUUAACCAUGUUGUCAAUAACACAGGGUGGAGUUCAGAUGGUUGGGCCUUUUUAUUUGGAUUCUUGAAUGUGUCGUGGGUUAUGACAUGUUACGAUUCAGCAUCAAGAAUCUCAGAAGAAGUUCACAAUGCAGCAUACUAUACACCAUUGGCCAUUGCAUUAGCAUUGACUGUCACAGCUAUAUUGGGAUGGGUUUUAGUCAUUGUUUUCACCUUAUCAAUGGGAACAGAUAUCGAUGCAAUUUUAAACUCUCAAACUGGACAACCAAUUGUUGCAGUUUAUACUCAUGCCAUGGGAAAGCAAGCAGCGACAGCAUAUUUGACUCUUGCUUUUAUCAUUAUUUGGUUUACUGGUGCAGUUGCAUGUUGCUCAACCUCAAGGGGUAUUUGGUCAUUUGCUAGAGACAGAGGAUUGCCAUACCAUAAAUUCUUGGGAAAAGUUAAUAAAAGAACCGGUGUCCCAUUAAACUCACUAUGGAUAUUGGUCUUGAUUAUGUGUUUAUUAUCAUUGAUCAAUUUAGGCUCAACAGUUGCAAUGAAUGCAAUAUUUUCAGCAUGUGCAAUUGCAACGGAUUGGUCGUAUGUUGUUGUUAUUGGAGCAUUUUUACUCAAUGCCGAAAAAAUGGGAAUUAAAUUUGGGCCAUUUAGUUUGGGGAAAUUCUACAAACCAGUUAUGGCAUAUUCAUGUAUUUGGACAGUUUUCCUUUCAAUUGUCUUUGUUUUCCCCAAUUUUAUGCCAGUUGAUAAAGAAAACAUGAACUACACAAUUGUUAUUUUAGGUGCAGUAUUUCUUGGUGCAGGAGGUUGGUGGCUACUUGGAGCCAAAAAUUGGUACGUUGGACCAAUUUCUAACAUCGACGAUAGUUAUGCCAAAGAAGUGAAAGGUGUUAUCCAUAACAAACCUAAAGAAGAAAAGCAAGAACCUGAAGCAGAAGUGGGAACUUCAGAUAAAGGUUCAGAAAUAGGCAGCAAUGAAAAAAAGAAAUAA